AUGAUCGGAUCGGUUGUUCUUGCUCUCCUCCUGCUCUGCCAGUCGAUCAACAGCGGGAUGUGCCUGCGGGCGAACGGCACCCGCGACGAAAUCUCUGAGGCGGCGCAGCAGCGGCACAGGCUGACAAGGAGCCUCACGUUUCCCAAUCCGUCUAUGCUUUUGCUGAUCUUCGGUCUGGGCACUCCGUUGCAGCUGGAUCGCGAGAGCGUAAUCGUGGGCGUGUUUGCGAAAAUGCAGUACAACUUGCCGAGUAACGCCACGGAUUUUACGGAGCCGGGGGUGUAUUACGCGAGAGCCGGCAGCAGGAGCAGGUGGAGCUUCUACAGGAUGUUCGAGAAGGUGGCGGCCGUGUACGGCUUCGGCGGCAAGGAGUGUUUGCUCAGGGCCAUUUGCGAAGUCGCUUACGUCCCGUUCGACGUCCGUCACGGCUUGCUGGGACAAUUGGUACAGACCUUCCUCAGGUAA